UGGGCCGAGCUGGGGCAGCGCCGCCGUCGCCUGGCCGUGGCCGGAGCGCGGUGAUCGGCCGGAUGGAGGCGGCCUACGUUUACCGCCUGGCGGCCGCGCUGGGCUCGGAACUGCAGCGGCUCUCGGAUCGCUUCGGGGCGGCCGCCCUGGCCGGGCUGGUCCCGCAGGUGGUGCGCCUCCUCGAGCUGCUGGAGACGCUGGCCGCGGACGGCGCGGCGGGCGGGCUCGGCGGGGCGGCCGACCUGCGGCUGCCGGGCGCGCCGUCGGACGGGGAAGCGCCCGGCGCCGCCGCCGCGGUCCAGCGCUCGCGGCAGGUGGCGGAGCAGCAGCUGGCCGAAGCCCGGGAGCGGGAGCGGCGCCUCCAGAGCCGGCUGGCCCAGCUGGAAGAGGAGCAGCAGCGAGCCUUGAGCCGCCUGGCCGGGGGCCAAGCCCAGGAAGACGGCCCUGGCCACCGAGAGCGGGUGCUGAUGCUGCAGCUGAAGGAGGUGGUGGACCGCCAGCGGGACAAGAUCCGCGCUCAGGACCACGAGAUCCAGCGCAAGGCCUGGGACACAGAGGCGCUGCAGGAGCAGCUCAACCGCUUCAUGACCAUGAACGAGAACCUGCGCCGGAAGCUGGCCGUGGUGCAGGCCCAGCUCAGGAGCGCCCUGGAGAGGAAGGGCGAGGCGGAGGCCCUCUGGGAAGCAGCAGAGCCUGCCAGGACUGGCACCCCCACGGAGCAGGAGGAGGGGGAUGGGGGUGGGGCUGCAGCCCCCCCAGAACACUCGCCUGACCAGCGCACCUUCUCGAAGGAAGAGCUGCAGCAGAUCCUGCAAGAACGCAACGAGCUCAAGACCAGCCUCUUCUUGGUGGAGGAGGAGUUGGCCUAUUACCAGCGGGAGCUGCUUAAUGGGGAGCGAGUCCCUGCCCUCCUGCUACAUGCGGUGAAAUCUGCCAUCAGGAAGCAGCGCAAGAAAAUCUGGGCCAAGAUGCUGGGCACAGAAGAGGAGACGGCGGGCAGGUGGGUCUCCCCAGGUAUCCCCCCUCCCUCCCUCCCUCCCUUCCUUUCCUCUCUCCCUCUUCCUUUGGGGCCCGUGGAUACGGCGGGCGGGUCCCAGCCUGGAGUUCUGCCAGAAUCCAUGAGACAAAACGUCCGUCCGUCUGUCCCGGCCCCACCCCACCCUCGUGGGCUCCGCUGGGCGGGCGGGCGGCUGCCUUGUGCGGGGCCUCCCAGAGGCCUCCUGCAGAAUCCGGGAGGGGCCCGGCCAGAGACCACCCUGCCAAGCCUCUCGGGCGACGAUGCUCCCGGGCCCCUUUCCUCUGCUGCCCGGCCGGCUUCCUCAGGAAGACCCGCAGGAAACGAGCGAGGCGCUUCUGCGCGGAGGGUCGCGGCCGCCCGAGUUCUCCCAGGGGCCUCCGGGACGAUGGAGCGCCGCUGGGUUCUGCCGCUGCUGCUGCUGCUGCUGCCGCUCGGCCUGCCGGACCCCGGGCGCGGCUCCCCGAAGCUGGAGCUCGGGGGAAGGCACGUGUGCGCGGCGGAAGAUAGUCUGCCGCCCGCCCUCGUCUGCUGCCCGGGAUGGAAGCAAGUGGGGCCCGAGUGCCCCCUCGCCCUCUGCUUGGGCGCCGACGCCUGCCAGGAGCGGGAGAUCUGCGUUCGCCCGGCAGUCUGCCGCUGCCGGCCGGGCUUCUUCGGGGCCAACUGCAACGCCCGCUGCCCGGAGCAGUUCUGGGGCCCAGACUGCAAGCAGAGCUGCCGCUGCCACCCCCAAGGCAGGUGCCACCCAGCCAGCGGAGAGUGCAGCUGCCACCUGGGUUGGUGGGGGCCACUCUGCCAGUCGGCCUGCCUGUGUGGGGAGCGAGGCCACUGCCACCCUGUCACAGGCACCUGCCGGUGUGAUCCAGGCUGGUGGGCCCCUGAUUGUCGGAGGCAGUGCCAGUGCAAUCGCUUGGGCUCCCGCUGUGACCCAGCCACCGGACGCUGCCUCUGCCAUCGGGGCUGGUGGGGCAGGCGGUGCGCCUCUCUCUGCAGCUGCAAUGGAUCGCCUUGCGCCCAGGAGUCCGGGCGGUGCGAGUGCACGGCGGGGUGGUGGGGGGCAGCCUGCCAGCACCUCUGCCAGUGUGUGCACGGCCUGUGCGCCCCUCAGGAUGGACGCUGUACCUGUGAUGCUGGCUACAGGGGCCUCAGCUGCACAGAGGCCUGCCCUGAGGGGACCUAUGGACUCCAGUGUGCCCAGAGCUGUGGCCACUGCAGAAACCGAGAGCCCUGUUCCCCCACGCAGGGGGCCUGCCUGGCCUGCGACCCUGGCUGGAACGGGACCCACUGCAGGCAGCCAUGCCCUCCGGGGCUGUACGGGGAGAACUGCAGCCAGCCGUGCCCCCGCCACUGUCUCCAAGGAGAGGCUUGCCAACCGCAGACGGGACGAUGCUGGAACUGCGAGGCAGGAUUCACGGGGACCAGGUGUGAGGCCCCUUGUCCCCCCGGCUUCUUUGGGGAGGGCUGCCGGUCCCCUUGCCCCGACUGCUUCCAUGGGAGCUGUGAUCCUGGCUCUGGGACCUGCCUCUGCCAGCCUGGCUACUGGGGCACCAGCUGCAACCAGACCUGCCCGGAAGCCUCCCACGGCCCCAACUGUUCUGCGGCCUGUCCCUGUGCAGGGGGAGCCUGCCAGCCCGUCUCCGGAGCCUGCCCCCGGGAAGCCCAAGGGCGGGGGCUCCUCCUUGCAGGCAUCCUGGGGCCGCUCCUGCUCCUGCUCCUGCUGGGCCUCCUCUGCUGCUGCCAGCGCUGCCGUGGGGCGGCCUCUGUGGUCAGGGCACCGAGGGGGGCCGAGCAAGAUCUCUUCCCUCCAGUGAAGCACCGCCUGAUGGCCGGGCUGCCCAGCCUCCCUUCCAGCUGGCCCUGCUUCUCACAAGGCGGCUCGAAGCUUCCACGGGUGACAGUCGCCCACCGAGACCCGGAGGUCCCCUUCAACCCCAGUUUCAUCGAACCAACAUCCACUGCCUGGCCCUGGGACAGCUCCUUCGGCUCCUCCUCCGAGGGAGCCAACGAGGAAAUGGGGGGCCGCCAAGAAGGGCCGCAGUCUGCUCCCCCUCCCAGGGAAGCCUUGCCAGAGGGCAGCCUUCUCCCCGGGGCGGCAGCGUUGCACCCCUCGCCCUUCGCCAUCCCUCGCACCUCCAGCCUCGCCAAGGGCAAGCGGCCCUCCGUCUCCUUUGCAGAAGGGACCCACUUUGGCCCUCAAACCCCCAGGGGCCCCCCAGAGGCCCUCAACCCCACCCGGAAGCCCCGCCCGGCCUCCGAGAGCUCAGUCCAAGGAGCUCUUCCUCUGCAGGUCAACCGCCCCACGGGGGCCUCAUGCCACUCCCCGGGCAGGAGCUGCUACGAGAACGUGGCACCAACUCCCUGGGAGGACAGUGGCUGGGCCCCUGCAGGCCACCAUCCUGGCAGCUCCCAGCACCUGGCACAGAGAGCGGGGGCCCCGGAUGCAGCCACUGUGGAAGCUUGCGUCCAUGAGCCCGGCAUCACCACCAUUUAUGUGACCGUGGGCCAAGCCGGAAGGGGCGGCGAAGAACCCCCUCCGGCUGCCCAACAGCAUCAGGGGAGUGGGCAGGAGGCGGCUGCCCAGCCAAGAAGCCUGCAGAAGUUGCCUCGGAAGGCACUGGAUGCUGCAAAGGGCACCUCAAGGAAGCUGGCCCCAGAGAAGGACCCCAGCACGGUGGAAGCUCAAGGCCUGCUGGCUCCUGAUGAGCAGGUGGAGGCGGGAGGGAGCGGUGGCAGCCUGGAGCCGUGACCCCCCCGCCCUCCAGAGGGGCACAGCCAGGGGAGCAGAUGUGCCCUGCCUCUGGGCUGGCCCCAGGAGC